AUGAAGAAUGUGAAGGCAUCAAAUGAACUUACUUCAAAUGGAAGGAUGCAGAAUGCAAAUGCAUCAAAUGAACUUACUUCAAAUGGCAGGAUGCAAAAUUUAAAGGCAUCAAAUGAAUUUACCUCAAAUGGCAGGAUGCAGAAUACAAAAGCAUCAAAUGAACUUACUUCAAAUGGAAGGAUGCAGAAUGCAAAUGCAUCAAAUGAACUUACUUCAAAUGGCAGGAUGCAGAAUUCAAAGGCAUCAAAUGAACUUACUUCAAAUGGUAGGGUGAAGAAUGUGAAGGCAUCAAAUGAACUUACUUCAAAUGGCAGGAUGCAGAAUACAAAAGCAUCAAAUGAGCUUACUUCAAAUGGCAGGAUGAAAAACGUGAAGGCAUCAACUGAAUUUACUUCAAAUGGCAUGAUGCAGAAUACAAAAGCAUUAAAUGAACUUACUUCAAAUGGCAGGAUGCAGAAUGCAAAUGCAUCAAAUGAACUUACUUCAAAUGGCAGGAUGCAGAAUACAAAAGCAUCAAAUGAACUUACUUCAAAUGGCAGGAUGCAGAAUACAAAGGCAUUAAAUGAACUUACUUCAAAUGGCAGGAUGCAGAAUACAAAGGCAUUAAAUGAACUUACUUCAAAUGGCAGGAUGCAGAAUACAAAGGCAUCAAAUGAACUUACUUCAAAUGGCAGGAUGCAGAAUACAAAAGCAUUAAAUGAACUUACUUCAAAUGGCAGGAUGCAGAAUGCAAAUGCAUCAAAUGAACUUACAUCAAAUGGCAGGAUGAAGAAUAUGAAGGCAUCAAAUGAACUUACUUGA